AUGGCAGUCAUUACUACUAGGCCUGAUGCAAUAGACAUCACUCUAGUACACCACACAGCUUCUCACCGACGCUUGCCACGCUUCGAUGUGGGAGGAGUAAAAACAGGCAAUCCGACCGCAGCAAAGACGCUGGAAAACCACAGGCCGGCGCAGUCGAAGGCACGUGACCCGCCACGCCCCCCCACCCUCCCCCUGCCCCGCGCCAGCAGCACGCGCUGCCAACCUCGUCAUGUGACCUUCACGCGGCCCCAGCGCUCCCCCUGCUUGGCGACUCUUUCCAGCAGCCAUUUUGCUGAGAACUUGUCGUCUGUGCUCACCGCGGAGCAGAACGCCACGAAAAGCCGCGGCCAGAAUUUACAGGCCGCACACGCGCUUCGAAAGACCGCUCAGGCCGUCAGGGCCCGGUCGAACCUCACUGAACACGUCGCACCCCGGGGCGCCGGGGAAAGCUGCCUCUCCACAGGCCUACCUCACAACAUGGCAGCUAGCUUUACUGAUAGUAAACAGUCGAAGAGAGAUACAGUUACCCCAAAAUCGUCGCCGCGAGGCCAUCCGGAAGACCAAGCCGGCGUGGCCGAAACAGAAGCACUGUCGAAGCUUCGGGAAGACUUCAGGAUGCAGAAUAAAUCCGUCUUUAUUUUGGGCGCCAGCAGAGAAAUCGGCAGAGUGCUCUUAAAGGAAAUCCUGGAGCAGGGCCUGUUUUCCAAAGUAACGCUCAUUGGCCGGAGGAAGCUCACCUUCGACGAGCAAGCUUAUAAAAAUGUGAAUCAAGAAGUGGUGGACUUUGAAAAGUUGGAUGACUACGCUUCUGCCUUUCAAGGUCAUGAUGUUGGAUUCUGUUGCCUGGGUACCACCAGAGUGAAAGCUGGGGCGGAGGGAUUUGUUCGUGUUGACCGAGAUUAUGUGCUGAAGUCCGCAGAGCUGGCAAAAGCUGGAGGGUGCAAACAUUUCAACUUGCUAUCCUCUAAAAGAGCUGAUAAGUCAAGCAAUUUUUUAUAUCUACAAGUUAAGGGAGAAGUAGAAGCCAAGGUUAAAGAAUUAAAAUUUGAUCGUUACUCUGUAUUUAGGCCUGGAGUUCUGUUAUGUGAUAGGCAAGAAUCCCGCCCAGGUGAAUGGUUGGUUAGAAAGUUCUUUGGCACCUUACCAGAAUCUUGGGCCAGUGGGCGUUCUGUGCUUGUGGUGACUGUGGUUAGAGCAAUGCUGAACAAUGUGGUGAGACCAAGCGACAAGCAGAUGGAACUGCUGGAGAACAAGGCCAUCCAUGACCUGGGGAAAGUGCAUGGCUCUCUCAAGCCAUGACCACACUGGAGAAAUGGUUUUUAUUGUCAACCUUAACACCCAUCACCAAAUCGGUAAUUUCAGGGUCUAAAAAAAGUCAGCAUGUUUUAACUUUGUUGCUUUACUAUCCUCAGGAUGGUGCCCUGCAUCAGUGGUUCAGAGCCUGGUUAUACAUAUAGAUCACUCAGGGAGCUUUGGAAAAAUAAAGAUUUGUCAGCCCUAUCUCAAACUUGAAUCAAAAUUUCUGGGGUGUGGGCACAAUAAUCUGUAAUUUUCUUUGUUUAUACUUCCCCUGAUGCCACUGGUUCUGAUGCCACUGGUUGGGGGGCCUGCUUUGAAAUGCUUAUCUGCAGAGUCACAGCAGCCAUGAAAACCUUAUGACUGUGCAAAUGAGCUCUGCUCUAAAAUUGUUGACAUUCAUGUCUCUGAGUCACAAAAGUGCUAAUUCACUACAUGUAAUUGUGUAAGUAAACACUGUGCCUUUACUACUUCUUUAUGUAAUAGAAGUUAUAUACCUAAGCUUAUAUAACACAUGGGGAGGAUUAAAUAAAGGAAUAAAGAUGAA